GCCGGCCCAUCUUCGAAAGGGAAAUACCCAAAACAUUUUCGGUUGGCCAAAAGCCGCCAUUUCAAAUCCUCCAACACUCUGUCUCAGCUCAGCUAUAGCUUCGUUUAUUUUAGAGGCAGUCUCCGUGCCGGUGAGUGGGUGAGAUUUUGGAGAGCGAGAGGACUGAAAAUGAUCGGAAACUGGUGAAGGAGAACGAAAGCGGCGGUCUCAACGGAGUUUGUUAACGAGAGUGAUAAUCUAAACCCUAAUUUUUGAAUGAGAUCAUAUUUGGAUGAUUCAGCAAGUUCCACGCCAGCUCUGCAGUUGCUACUAAAAUGAAAUCAGGAACUAAUGGGGUCUCCAGAGGUCAGAGGGCAAAAAGUGUUAAGGUUGAGGGACCAAAUUGGAUUCUAAUUGCAGGUGGUGCCUUGUUAAGUACUUUGUCAAUUCGCCUUGGUUACAAGCUGAAGCAGACACUGGAUUCAAGGCAACAGACUAAUACUAAUAAUAGUCUGAAAGGGAAUGGGAAAUCAUCUGACAGAAGGAGAGUAGGAGGCUGCCAUAUGCAUUCAAACAUGUAUUCCUUUACGCAAGAUGAUGAUGGUUGCUUCAACUGCAUGUUAGGGAAUGAAGGCAUUGCAGAUUUGAAGCAGCAGCCCAGUCAUCAGAUGUUGUCUGAAUCUGAUGUUGCUCUUCCUUUGGUAACUGUUCCUGGCCCAGAAUUUAAUAAGGAUAAUGGUGUUAUGUGGGUAUCCUCUCCUGAUCGGCUUGAGUUGCCUCCAAAGCCAUUUUAUCAUUCAAAUUGCUCUGACUCGCCAUGUGCCUCAGAAUCUGGUUCUGACAUCUUCAGCAAGCGGGAAGUGAUACAGAAGUUAAGGCAGCAGUUGAAGAGAAGGGAUGACAUGAUAAUGGAGAUGCAAGAUCAGAUUGUAGAGUUGCAGAAUUCAGUCAAUGCUCAGCUAGCACAUUCUGCAAAUGUGCAGUCACAGCUUGAUGCAGCUAACAGGGAUUUGUUUGAUUCUGAGAGAGAAAUCCAGAGGCUGAGGAAGGCAAUUGCUGACCACUGUGUGAAACAUGCAGCCACCAAUGAGAAAAUAUCGACAGUCACCAUAUGGCCAUCUGAGGUGAGAAAUGGUCAUGCAAAUGGAUACCUGGAUGGAGACAGCGGUUUGGAGUUGUCAGAAAAGGGGAGAGGAGAUGGGGACAAGAUUGACAUGUUGAAGAGAGAAGUAGGAGAGUUGAAGGAAGUAAUAGAAGGGAAAGAGUACUUGUUGCAGAGCUACAAGGAGCAGAAGGCAGAGCUCUCCAUCAAGAUUAAAGAGUUGCAACAAAGACUGGAUUCUCAUCUCCCUAAUAUUUUGUAGGCGUUUUAGGUCAUGUGCAUUCUUGUUCCUUUCUUUUAUUUCUGGUUUCAAAUGUGGGAGAAGCUUCUUUUCCUCUUUCCUUAUUAUUUGGAAAAUUUGAUGUUUUCUAUGCCUGAUCGAAGUGUGCUUGUUGGAUAUGAGAGAGAUAGAGAGAGGGGGGGGGCAAGCAAAAGCAAAUUUGUUUAAGUUUGGCAAGCAUUUGCUCCUUGCAGAAAUCUGAAAAUUGUUUUCUCAAAAAAUGUGAUUGAUUUUGAUUGUCGUUUGGACCUUUGACAUCCUAUAACUGGCUUGCCAUUGUGCUUGUCUUCCUUCUUCCUUGUAUCUCUCAAAAGCCGGACACUGUUCAUCUAGCAAUGCAUGGAUGUAAUCCCUCCUCAUCAAUGUUAAUAGCAUUUCAAUGGCAA